AUGGUCAACGGUCAUGGCCAAGGCCACCAUUUCCUAAUGGUGACAAUGGCCGCCCAAGGUCAGAUCAAUCCCGCCCGUCACCUCGCGCGCCGCCUCGCCCGAACCGCCAAAGCUCGUGUUACCAUCUCCACGCCUCUCUCCUCUCAUCGCCGCCUAUUUCCCGGAUCCCUCGCUGCUGCCGGCGAGCCGGAUGACAUGGCAGAGGAGCCGCCUCUCAAUCCUGACGGCUCCGGAGUUGUCGCCUACGCUCCUUACUUCGACGGCUUUGGUGACGGAACUCACCCGAACACAAUCGACCCCGAUUUCCUAAUGGAAAUGCUCAAGUCGCAUGGCUCCCGCACCCUCGCUGCCAUGGCACGCAACUUUGCCGCCGGAGGACGACCAGUGACCUGCAUACUGUACACCAUCUUACUCACUUGGGCCACCGACAUUGCGCGCGAUCUCGACGUCACUGCCAUCCACUACUGGAUCCAACCUGCCUCCGUCUUCGCCAUUUACUACCACUACUUUCACGAUCACCCUGGUUUCUCUUUCACUGCUACCGAGGAAGAAGAAGAUUCUUCUUUCUCAUUGGAACUACCUGGACUACCUUAUCUACGAGUGAAAGACCUCCCGUCCAUCAUCAUAACGCCGAACGCCUACCUCUCAGCCCACAUGGACAUAUUCGACGAGCUCAGUAAAUCGGAUAAGCCCAAAGUUUUAGUGAACACAUUCUAUCAACUGGAAGCACCAGUGAUAGACCAAAUCACUGGGUUGGAAUUGAUCACAAUUGGGCCAAUAGUAGACAAGAGCUCUAUGGCAAAGGAAGUAAGAAGCAGGGACCUGUUCAAUGAGGACAUGGAUGAUUACAUGGAGUGGUUAGACAAGCAAGAUGAACGUUCAGUAGUUUACGUGGCUUUCGGCAGCUUAACGAGGUUCUCGAGGAAGCAAGUGGAGGAGCUUGAUCUGGGGCUAAAGGAGAGUGGACUGCCAUACUUGUGGGUGCUAAGAAAGGAUAGCAGACCAGAAGGGGUCUGGGUGGAUAGGAUUUUGAAGGAAGGGAAGGGGAAGGUGGUGCAGUGGUGCUCGCAGGUGAGGGUGUUAGAUCAUAAGGCGGUGGGGUGCUUUGUGACGCACGGUGGGUGGAACUCGACGUUUGAAGCAGUGGCGAGCGGCGUACCAAUGUUGAUGAUUCCACAAAGGUUGGAUCAGGCUACAAAUGCGAGGUUGGCAGAGGUGGCAUGGGGGAUUGGGGUGAGGUUGGAGGCGGGGGAGGAGGGGUUGGUGGAGGCGGCGGAGCUCAGGCGUGGUUUGAAUGUGCUGAUGGGGGAGGGUGAGAGAUCGAGGGAAAUUAGAAGGAAGGCUGAGGAAUGGAAAGAGAAGGCGAGGGAGGCGCUUGAAGAGGAGGGGUCAUCAUCUAGGAACUUAAAGGCAUUCGUGAAUAGCCUUUGA